UCUUAUCAUAUCUUUUCCAUCAUAUUCGUCAACAAUAUGGAACCAAUAAAUCAAACAUGUAUUUCAAAAUUCCUUCUCCUGAGACUGACAGAGGAUCUAGAACUGCAGCCCCUCCUCUUCAGCCUGUUUCUGUCCAUAUACCUGGUCACUGUCCUGGGAAACCUGCUUAUUGUCCUAGCUGUCACCUCUGACUCCCACCUCCACAGCCCCAUGUAUUUCUUUCUUGCCAAUCUGUCCUUUACUGACAUCUGUUUAAGCACAACCACGAUCCCAAAGAUAUUGGUGAACCUCCAAGCACAGAAUCAGAGCAUCACUUAUAUAGGUUGUCUCACUCAGAUCUACUUUGUCCUGGUUUUUUCUGUUUUGGAAAAUUUUCUCCUUGGAGUAAUGGCUUAUGACCGCUAUGUGGCCAUUUGUCACCCACUGAGAUAUAUGGUCAUCAUGAACCCCCACCUCUGUGGUCUACUGAUUCUACUCUCCUUGUUCAUUAGCAUCGUGGAUGCCAUGCUCCACAGUCUCAUGGUGUUGAGACUGUCCUUCUGCACAGACCUAGAAAUUCCUUACUUCUUCUGUGAAGUUGUUCAGGUCAUCAAGGUUGCCUGUUCUGAUACCCUCAUCAAUAACAUCUUCUUAUAUUUUGCAGUUACAAUAUUAGGUGGUGUUCCUUUCUCUGGAAUCAUUUUCUCUUAUACUCAAAUUGUCUCCUCCAUUUUGAGAAUGCCAUCAGUGGACGGAAUGUAUAAAGCUUUUUCCACUUGUGGGUCUCACCUCUCAGUUGUUUCCUUGUUCUACGGGACAGGCUUUGGUUCAUACAUUAGUGCUGCAUUCACACACUCUUCCAGGAUGAUUGCAGUAGCUUCAGUGAUGUACACCAUGGUCACCCCCAUGAUGAACCCCUUUAUCUACAGCCUGAGAAACAGGGAUGUGAAGGAGGCCUUAAGAAAAAUUAUCAGGAGCAUAUCUGCUUUCCAGUGA